AUGAGCAACUUACCACCAAAGAAGGAGUCCGUUAUGGGCGUUCCACCUUUCGUCAUUGACUUCUUGAUGGGUGGUGUCUCCGCUGCCGUCUCCAAGACCGCUGCUGCUCCCAUCGAGCGUGUCAAGCUCUUGAUCCAAAACCAGGAUGAGAUGUUGAAGACUGGUCGUCUUGACCGUAAAUACGAUGGUAUCGUUGAGUGCUUCAAGCGUACCACCGCACAAGAAGGUGUUGCCUCCUUAUGGAGAGGUAACACUGCCAACGUCAUCCGUUACUUCCCUACACAAGCCUUGAACUUCGCUUUCCGUGAUACCUACAAGUCGAUGUUCAAUUUCAAGAAGGACCGUGAUGGAUAUGCUAAGUGGAUGGCCGGUAACUUGGCUUCCGGUGGUGCUGCUGGUGCCACUUCCCUCCUCUUCGUCUACUCCCUCGAUUACGCCCGUACCCGUCUUGCCAACGACAACAAGAACGCCAAGACCGGUGGUGACCGUCAAUUCAACGGUUUGGUCGAUGUUUACAAGAAGACCCUCGCUUCCGAUGGUAUUGCCGGUCUCUACCGUGGUUUCGGUCCUUCCGUUGCUGGUAUCGUCGUUUACCGUGGUCUUUACUUCGGUAUGUACGAUUCCAUCAAGCCAGUCCUCCUUGUUGGACCUCUUGAGGGUAACUUCCUUGCAUCCUUCUUGCUCGGAUGGACUGUCACCACUGGUGCCGGUAUCGCUUCUUACCCAUUGGACACCAUCCGUCGUCGUAUGAUGAUGACUUCUGGUGAGGCCGUCAAGUACAAGUCUUCCUUGGAUGCUGGUCGUCAAAUCGUUGCCAAGGAGGGAGUUAAGUCUCUCUUCAAGGGUGCUGGUGCCAACAUUCUCCGUGGUGUUGCAGGUGCCGGUGUCUUGUCCAUCUACGAUCAAAUGCAAGUCUUGAUGUUCGGAAAGGCAUUCAAGUAA